UACACCUGCGGACUGCUGAUAAGAACAGCCUUCUCGGCGAACAGGUUGGGCGAAAUUUCACACGGAUGUGGCUCUGUGACAGAUCAGCACCUCAGUCUGCAAGCUUGAGGAUCUCAAACGUCGUCGUCACAGCCGCAGUUUGAUAAAGAAGAUCUCAACCCGACCACCGACACUAAACCAGACAGGAAGGAUAAACAGUAAAAAGAGUAAGUGGCUAGGAAAAGAAAGGAUUGAGCCGGUAACAUUGAAAGGAAGCGUUGUGUCAGAGAACCAUUACUAUACAAAGUAAAAAUGGCGCUACAUGCUACGGUCUGUGCUGUAUUUCUGCUAGCCGAUCUGCUGUCUAGCUUCCAGGUUCAUCAUGACCUUUUAGUUUUGGGUGAAAAUGUGACGGAAAUACCGGAGGAUGCGCCAGUCGGUAGCACGGUGGUGCGGCUGAGAGAUUCUCUUGUUGCCGCCAGCCGGGUUAGUUCUGCAGACGACGCCAACGGGACGUUUUGGUCAGCAAACAUCACCACUGGGGACGAUUGGGGACGGUUUGAAGUUCGUGCUGAGGACUUGGCAAUGGUCGUAGCGGCUCCGCUGGACUACAGGUUACACUCACGGUACAACCUUACGGUGGAGCUGACAAACACAGGGAACAACAACGUCUUGUACGUGAUCCUCGUCAUCGAAGUCAUAGACGUGUCUGGAUACCCGCCAUUCUAUAACAAACAGUGUGAAACGCCAGUCCUUUCGGGUAAAGAGAGGAACGGAGACUAUACUUUAUUUACUAGUGAUGGUUUUAAUGCUUACAUUGAUGGAGGGAUAGUUGGGUCGUACGACGACUAUCUUCAGUACCCUAACAUCGCCGCUAACUUCCGCUUGAAAGGCGAUUGCUCCUUGAAAUAUGUGAUUGGUGUAGAGAGAUUAAGUGGAGACGCUGCCGCAUUCGCCUUCGCGUCUCAAGCUAAUCAAGGUAGAGUCGAACUUGUAUGUCACGACCGAGAGUGGAAGACUAAAGGAAAACUUACUAUUUUGGACAUUACUCUCGAUAACGACCUGCCUCGGUGGGUACUAAGUGGCAACUACUGGGUGCAAGAAAAUUACCGCUAUGUCUUUGCUGCAGAGUUAUAUGAGAUGCGAUCCACGCCAUCAUAUUGGUUUGUAUGUGGCGCUAACGUGACUUUCGAGGGAGGCAGAAGGUUGCUUGAGUGGACAUCUCGGUACAACGUGACAGGAUGUCCUGAGGGUCGGUACGGUGUGUACUGUGACAAGAACUGUGUUUGUAAGAACGGUGCCCGCUGCCAUGGCUUUAACGGUGCCUGUGAGUGCCGCCUGGGCUGGAGAGGGAGGGUCUGUGAUAUUCCCUGGCCCGAAGUCGCCAUCGUAGAGACACCUGGCGAUUCAGUCAUGAAAUACAUCGGCACCAAUCUGACUUUAACCUGCCUGGCUCCACAUAUCCUCGUGGCAAAUAUGACAUGGGCUUAUCAAACAGGACAAAAACAUAACGGCACAAAAACUAUCGAAGAAGGGGCAGUCCAGAACAGCUCUAUCAGCUUUCAGCCGAUCCUAGAAACAGCUAACGGCAAAUAUAGCUGUAUGGUACAGGCAGAAGAUGGUCAGCAUUUCAAUGCGACAUUCAUACUGAACGCCACCGAAUGCCGACCCAACUAUCAUGGGGAAGAUUGCAGUCAAGUGUGUGACUGUGAGUACGGAGGGACGUGUGACAGGUGGGAGGGGUGUCUGUGUCCUGCGGGCCGUCGCGGAGACAGGUGUGAGCGCGAGUGCGCACCUGGCACAUUCGGGUGGAACUGCAGUAUGAAGUGUAACUGUGAAAACAAGGCUUUGUGUGAUCCAGUCAAUGGCAGCUGUAUUUGUGUUGAAGGGCAGUGGGGCGAGUUUUGUCACGAGUGCUCACACGGCACAUUCGGGAGGAACUGCAGUAUGAAGUGUAACUGUGAAAACAACGCCUUGUGUGAUCCAGUCAAUGGCAGCUGUAUUUGUGCUGAAGGACAGUCGGGCGAGUUUUGUCAGAUCGUCUCCAUUCCUGUCGUUGCCGUAGUGUUGGCGUCCGUCAUCCCGACUAUUGCUUUAAUUGGUUGCAUAGUCACUGGAGUCCUGGUGAAACGGAGUCGCCGACGCCAAAGAAAAUCAGAAGAGUCAACAGAAAUGACAACCGUCACAGAACCCCUUUCGUCGUGGGAAGUAAAUAAAGAGGACCUUCACUUGGAGCACAUGAUCGGGGAGGGAGAGUUCGGCCAUGUCGUACGGGCAAGACUGCACGUGCCGGAAUUAGGCUACGAGGUCCUGGUCGCCGCCAAAAGUAUCCGGCCUGACCGCAAAACGGCGUCUGCUGUCCGCGACUUUCACCGAGAAAUGGACAUUCUCGCCAGGAUCCACGAGGACAAAGAGGGACAUCCAAACGUGGUGAAGCUUUAUGGAGUUCUGACCCAGUCGGAGCCUCAGUACAUCCUGGUAGAGUACGCGAGCAAUGAAGAACUACGGCGGUAUCUUUGGAGUUUGCGAGAACAGUGCAAGAUCACGGGGGAUAAGAAACUGUUAGAACGUCUCGAUUUUGCUUGCGACGUUGCCUGUGGGUUAACGGAGCUGGCACGUCUGAAGAUCGUGCACCGGGACAUCGCGGCUCGUAACGUCGUCAUUAGCGACAGAAAAGUGGCCAAGAUCGCGGACUUCGGACUGGCGCGUGACGUCUACGUGUCGUCGGCGUACGAACGCACCGAGCAGGGCGGGGAGGAGGAACUGUUGCCGCUGAAGUGGAUGGCCGUGGAGUCGUUACGGGACGGGGUGUACACGUGUGAGAGUGACGUGUGGUCGUACGGCGUGCUGCUGUGGGAGAUCGCCAGCUUCGGGGAGGAGCCGCGCUACGCUGGCGGUCCGAUGCACCCGGACGUCUGCACACUGUUGGAACUACUGAGGAAAGGCGUCCGUCUUCAACAGCCACAGAACUGUCCUCUGCCGGUGUACCGCAUCAUCAGGUCAUGUUGGGUAUUCAACCCAUCGAGGCGGCCAACGGCCGAAGAACUGUGCCGGAAGAUUGACCUGAUGAGGCCGCAGAGACGUGCUGCGGUCAAUCACAACAUUCAGUAAGGGACUCUCAAACCAAUGGAGUCUCCUGCAUACCUGUACAUCAUUAGUGCCAUGUAUUAAUGCAAAUUAAUUGUAAGAACACUUAGAAUUUAAGCUUAAGGCUAGACAUUGAUAGAAUUUUACAUAAAACGAUCAUGUUGUGGUAAUUUCAAAUAAUUGAAACUUUAUUCGCAAAAUCAUGCCCGAAGGCU